AUGUGGUGGAGGAGAGAGGAAGAGAGGGAAGAGAAGAAAGAGGGAAUUCUGGUGAAGGUGGUCGUUUUCGAGGAUGAAACGGCAGUCAACUACAACGAGCCGGUGCGUCGAUGGCUCUGCUGCUACCUCUUCCACCGGCGAAGGCAGCGCGGCGAAAGGAGUGCACUAGAGACAAUCGCCCAUCAGGAAACAGAGACCGCCGCGAACCCCUCACUGCAAUCGAAGGCACACAAAUUCGCCCAGCUCCUCUACUUCCAGGAUGACAUAGCCGUAGAGAGGCGAAAACUUGAGGCUGAUCGAAAGGCUUUAGAGUUGGAGCGUCAGAUCAUCCCACUCAGAUUCCGCAUGUACAACUGGGGCAAACCCGCACCGCCGGCAUUCACGGAGCGAGUCCUGCGACAAGAGUCCAGAAUUGGACUAUACACCACUUUUGGGAAAUAUAUAAACCCCGAUGUUACCACAUACAUAAAUUGA